CCGGAUCGAGAGCAAGUUCGCCUGUACGAAGUUAAUUUGCCAAGAAGCCACGAGGUCGCGAUUGACCGUGUAUUUUUGUCACAUUUGCCCGAUAGUACGACCCGUGCUCGAAAUUGCAAACCAACUGUCCAUACCUCAGCGCCGGACGCUAAAGCCAGGAUAGAUCUUGUGCAACUGUGCGCGUCUUUUCGCGGUGUGUGGAAAAAUUGUCGACAGGCGACAAGAGUGUUGCGUCUUGUGGGAAAAUUCCUCAAGGAAAAAGUGUGCGAGAGAGAGACGAUCGUGCCUCCCCAUACUUUUUACUUAAUGGAGACAAAUCCCAGUUCGUGUGAAUAAUUAAGGUUCUUUUUUCCGUUGAAACUACAACAUCACAGUUCUUAGACAGAUAUUCUCCGGUGGUGUUCAUAAAACAGUAAGACAGUGUUCACAAACGACUAGUCGCAUUAAAGAGAAGGUGGUGAAUUUUAAGUGUGCGUACUGCAAAACGAGUCCGAGAGAAUUUUCCUGCCGACCAAGAUAGAGUAUUUUAAAGUGGUCCAAAGAUAGUCCUCUCGUCUUGGCAGCAAGUGUGCGCGAUAAGACAAGAAACUGAGAUUAGUGCGGGAGAUUAAUCCAGUUGAUUUACGAGAGAUAAUUUCGCUGGAGGUUGCCAGUGAUUCCGUUGGCGCGGAGUGAGACUUGAGUGCGGAUGGAUUCAUUCGGGUCUAUUUGGCCAUCGCCGCCGCGAGGCCUCGACGGUGUCUCCAACGACGGCCUGCCGAUGGAGACCCUCACGGAGCUGCAGGACGGCAAUUUUGAGCCACAGACCAGGGCCAGGUCCAACACUUGGCCGCUGCCGCGCCCAGACAACAUCGUCGAGCCCAGCGACGACGCAGAGAGUAACAAGUGCAGCAAUCAGCAAUUAUCUGGAGCAGCUGGCCAACAAAUCACAUCCCCAAAUGUGGCAUCGUCGAAGAAGAACUCUUCGCGGCGCAACGCGUGGGGAAACCUCUCGUACGCCGACUUAAUUACCCAGGCCAUCAGUUCGGCGUCCGACAAUCGUCUUACAUUGAGCCAAAUAUACGAGUGGAUGGUGCAGAAUGUUCCCUACUUCAAGGACAAGGGCGACUCCAACAGCAGUGCAGGAUGGAAGAAUUCAAUUCGGCACAACUUGUCACUCCACAAUCGAUUUAUGCGUGUCCAGAACGAAGGCACCGGUAAAUCAUCGUGGUGGAUGCUGAAUCCGGACGCAAAACCGGGGAAGUCGGUGCGACGACGAGCCGCCUCCAUGGAGACAUCCAAGUUCGAGAAGCGACGAGGUCGAGCAAAGAAGAGGGUGGAAGCUUUAAGGAAUGCACAAGCGCUAGGGGUUGCGGCUGUGCUCAACGAUGCCACCCCGUCGCCAAGUAGUAGUGUCAGCGAGGGUUUGGAUCUCUUUCCCGACAGUCCUCUGCAUAGUGGCGGUUUCCAAUUGUCGCCUGAUUUCCGGCAACGUGCUUCAUCGAAUGCGAGCUCGUGCGGCCGCCUAAGUCCAAUCCCGGCCGUCCUGGGCAUUGAGCCCGACUGGGGCUAUCCGCAGGAUGACUUUGCCCCGAGCACAACGACCAGUACAACUGCGGCCACGACCACGGCCCAGCAGCAGGGCUCAGCUCAGCUGGAUCAGUUGGCCGGCUCGCUGGCCGAUGAUCUCACGUUGCAAUCUGAAUUUAUGCAAGGGUUCAACACAGCGACCACGCAAUUACACAACCAGCCUCCGCCGCCCUAUCAGGCGACCCAGUCAUACGCCCUGCACGCCACAGUUGCUCAAACCUACGGAAUGCACCAGAACCAGUGUCCCAUUCACAGGAUGCAGCCCUGUUCGUGUAUGCAUCACAACAACACGAGGGAGAGCAUGUCGCCGGCGUCAGGGACGGGCAUGUCGCCUUCAUAUCCUCACAGUGAGCCCUCUCCGGACCCAAUGGGCAGCUACAAUUCUGUGAUCAUCGGUUCCAGAGUAGCACAGAGACCAUCAUCGAGUAGUCCACCAUUGACACCUCAGACAGUUCAAAUCAACAACGGUGACGCUCCAUCGACGCUCAUGGGUCAAUUUAUGGAGGCGCUCAACAAUCAGGCCAUCAUUGAUGAUUUAGGACUAAAUAUAGAUAGCUUUCACGGAGGUCUGCCAAAUGUCGAUGAAGUUAUCAAGCAUGAGCUGAGCAUGGAUGGCUCGCUGGACUUCAAUUUCCCAAUCUCGCACCACAAUAUGACCACCUCGCACGCGUCCAACGUCUCCACGGUCACCGACAGUAGCAUCGUCAACACACUGUCCGGACCGCCACCCCAAACGGCCGCUGCUCACGCCCCGGUCCAGUACUCCACGAGAACGAGCGUGACGCCGCCGUCGUGGGUGCACUAGAUAAGCCGCGCCAGUCCACCAGCCCAUGGAUAUCCUGUCGUGCAAUCCUCGGCCAUCAUUGGAAGGAACACAGAAGUAGGAAAAUUCUCAGAUUGAUCCCCGAAGGUGUGUUUGAGCACAUAGAAAAUGGAGAGGAUUAUUCUUACAACCAUUUAGUGCAAAUUAAGUUGUGUUACACACUUUCAUUUCUCUCAAUAUAUCGCCCACAAAACAAUCAAUCAACCAAUCAGUCAAUCAACCACGCAAUCAGACGGAAAUGAGAGAGGAGCUCAAAUUACAGACGAGCAACGGCUGUACCAAUAAACUCAAUUUGUACUUGGCUCUGGGUCGGCUUAAGAUGCUGUAAAUGGUAGCUGUGAAGCCCUACAUAGUGCGUAAAUGUAACACAGAUCUCAGGAGAACUUAUGUUAGCACUCGGAACAAAGUAUGCACAAAAGAAUUUUUCCUUAAUUUCGUCUUAAGAUGACAAGCAUGCAUCUCAAUGACUACACUCGAUUCUUGAGGAAUUCAGUGAGGUUUUUUGUAGUAAUAUUUUGAUGAAUUUUCAUUGACACUUCAGUUCAGACGAUAAAAAUUGAUCAUGCAUGUAAAUAGACUUUAUUACUGAUCAUUUGAAGUUUCUCUUCGCGUCUUUUUCCCCUUUUGUAACAACUUCAUUAUGUGCCAUUUGAAAGAUUCUCAGAGCAGCUUUUGUGGUGAGUACGAGUGAAGUCACAGAGAAGGUAACUAAAGAGAAUGAGGAACUCAUGUGGAGACCAAGAAUACAAAAUAUUAGUGCCAUUUUUGCAAUAAUAGAAAUGAGGAUAGGAAACUCAUAUGAGAAGCAACUCAAUAAACUUGUAUGUCGCCUGUUUAAUUGUAUAAACGUGAAUCGAAGAAAUAUUUGACUUCUUAAUGUGCGAGAAGGCAACACAAAACUUUCAAAAGAAAAAAAAAUGUAGGAGAAAGAUGCUAUUAAUUUUCUGUCUAGAUCGAGAGUGUUGGGUCAGUUAUGAAUUUAACAAGAAGAAGGAAGAUGAAAUGCUUAUUGUGAGGAAAAGAGAAAAAUUAAUUGCAUUGCAUUAGAAAUUAUAAUCAAUGUCGGCUUUAAAACAUAUUGCAAAUUGAAUUUCCGAUUUUAUCUCCCUUCAUCGUAUAAAAGAAGCAUAAUUAUAAUUGUUAAGGUGCGUAUCAAGUACAAUUAGACAAAUAUUAAUUAUUUUCUAUUUGUAAGAAAUUGUAUCGUUAAUGGUUGGAGGGUCUCUUCAAUUUUUCAUAUUUUUAAUCUGUUCUUUUUUUCCAUUUCUUAAUUUCUUGAAAUGUCUUGCCAAAUAUCGCUGUGAAAAUAGGGUGAAACCAAACAGUGGAAAGACAUUUUGCAGAAUCUCUAAAGACACUUCUUUAGACUAUAAACGUCUUAUUGAUCUUUUUGUAAAACAGAACGUGCAAACAAUAUGAGAAAUAACACAUUAAAUGGAAAUUUUUAUCAAUUACAAAGGCCAAUUAAUAAAUGUAAUAAGUAGAUAAUACGUAGGUAAUGAGAAAACUCUAAAGCUUUGUACAUAUUAAGGGUAGUUUACAGUACUGUAUUAUUUUGUAAGGAGACAUUUUAGCAGACAGCAACUGUGCAAGUCAUUCGAUAUAAUACUUUUAAGAAGAAUGAUGUACUCAAUUUUAUAAGGAGGGAAGCAAGAGUGACGCUGAGAAUUAUUAUUCACGUGACACAUAAAACACAAAUAGCCAAAUUAUUAUCUUAAUUUUCAUUAAACAUUUUCAAAGAAAUCGAUAAUUUUCCAAAAUAAUUCGCAUUCAAUUAUGAAAGUAGUUCUCUGUGUCACUUUUGCUCGUCAAUUAUUUCUUUUUUUCUUCUUCAAUUAACACAGCAAAAUUCUAAAUUUAUCUUAUUGUAUGCUAAAUUUAUUAAUGAACUAAUUUGGUUUUAUCAUAAUUUUUGGAUUAGGCUAUGUUUUUUGGCAAAAUUAACCGCAUAAACGAAACAAUAAUAGUGGAAAAUGUGUUAAAAACUAGGAUAGAGGGAGAAAAAGAGAAAAAAACGUUGUAAAACGACAAAGAAAAA